UGCACUAGAACAUUGUGGCAGGAACUACCAUUCCCAGCAGGUUGCUGGGGGGAAAGAGGAAGGAAGUAGAAGGGGAGCCAGAAUUGCACGUAGAGAAACAGCUCAGAGAGGAGAGAGCGGGAGAGAGGGAGAGAAGCAGGAGCCAGCAAGACUGCAUGCUGAGACUCAGGAGCUGCAGCAGGGCUCAGAUGAGAUCGGGUACACAACAACUGACUGUUUUGUGAGACUAAAGACUGAUUUGAGAGCCCCCUGCCCCAACCCCCCGCCCGGAGUUAAGAGCUCUGCUUUGGCAAUGGCCAAGCUCACAGUCACCCCAAGGACAUCCCUUGUUGAUGAACCAGUGAAAAUCCAUGUCUCUGGCUUGGCUCCCUCCGAGCUGGUGACCCUCCAGGCCUCUUUGACAGAUGAUAAGGGGGUGCUCUUCCAGUCCAGAGCUUUCUACAGGUCUGAUGAGGCUGGCGAGGUUGACCUGGAACACACAGCUGCCCUGGGAGGAGAUUAUGUUGGCAUGCGCCCCCUGGGUCUCUUCCAGUUCUUGAAACCGGAAAAGAUGUUUCACAGGUUGAUGAAAAGAGAUGUGAUGCAGAGUCCAUUCCACGUGCGCCUGGAUUUGUUCAGCUCAUUCCACUUGGUUUCCACACCCCGUGAUCAACCUGUGACAAGCCGGACUGUGGAAAGAUGGCAUGUGGCACCAGGAGUCCAACGAAUCCUGAUCAGGGAUGGCAGAGUGCGUGGGGCCCUCUUCCUCCCACCAGGAGAAGGUCCUUUCCCAGGGCUGAUUGACCUGUUUGGUGGUGUGCGUGGACUUAUUGAAUUUCGAGCCAGUCUUCUCGCCAGUCGUGGUUUCGCUGCACUUGCCCUAGCGUACUUUGGUUAUGAAGACCUGCCUGAGAUUCUAGCUGAGGUGGAUCUGGAAUACUUUGAGGAAGCCAUCAACGUCCUCUUGAGACACCCCAAGGUGGAGGGAACAGGGAUUGGCUUGGUCUCAGUAUGCAAAGGUGCUGAGAUUGCACUGGCCAUGGCAUCAUUCCUUCCCAAGAUCAAAGCUGUAGUUUGCAUUAAUGCGACCAGUGCCCUCAAUGGGACGCCGCUUCGCUACCGGAAUCUACACAUCAAUCCAAUCCCUUACAAAUUGGAGCACUUACGGUAUAGGUCCAUGGGACAGCUGGACAUCUAUGACAUAGUUGAGGUCAUACGCACAGAGACAAGUCAGGGAAGCAUCCUACCUAUAGAAAAAGCUGAAGCCAACAUCCUCUUCAUUGUGGGAGAAAAUGACAGGAACUACAACAGCAAAGCAUUUGCUGAGGAAGCGAUGGAGAGAAUGAGGAGGCAUGGGAAGAAGAACUACAGCAUGCUUUGUUAUCCAGGUGCUGGACACCUGAUUGAGCCCCCAGGCUCACCAUUCUGCUACCACUCAUGGGUCUCCAUGUUUGCCUGUGUUGUUGUAUGGGGAGGAGAAGCCCAGUCCCAUGUUGCAGCACAGGAGCAUUCUUGGAAGGAGAUCCAGAAAUUCCUUUGGCAGCACCUUCACCCAGGUGUAAGCAGCAAGCUCUGAAUACUGGGAGGCAUGGACCAAGGAAUGUCUGUGCCCAUCCCUUCCAGGCACCCAAUUAAUAAAUACUAGAAAUGUGUUGCCAGUUGGGAGUUCUUCAUUGAAAUGGAGAUUCACUACAACAGGGGUCAAAUAAAGGUAUUUUCAGACCCUUCACACUUAUAUCUUAUUUUACAGGGUGGUGGCUAAUACCGAGGAGGGUGGGGGGACUGAAAAAACCUUAGCAAGGCUGAUUGCAUCUAAUAGAGAGGCAGAUGAGUGUAUAGGUCUCAUUCCACACUCACCACAUUUUGAACUUUCAUAAAAGUCCAGCGGUUCAACUAGUUUUGCAGUCCUCUACAAAAGUUUUGCAAGGCUCCAGACCUAUUAGAAAAGGGGUAUGUGUAACAGAGAGCCAUGGGUGCAGCUUGGACCUGGCUGCCCCGGGAGCCCCAGGACUGAUUCCUGCAGCCUGUCCUGCCCUGCCCGAGGUCAGAGCCAGGAGCCACACACCCCCAGGCAGUGACUCCUGCCCCCAUGCAGCCACUGCCA